AUGCGUGCAGUCGUCUAUGACGAGGAUGGGCUUCGAAGAUUUCCGGUCCUUCGUGGACAUCAGAGCAUGGGUCAGAAGGAUGGUUUGCUGCCAAAGUGGGCGCAGGACUCUUUCGCAGCCUCGAUGGCCUGGACACAGGAGGCUGCACGCUGGAAUGGGGACAGACAAGAGUGGAACUGGGUGUCCCCUGCAAACUUGUUGUCCUCAACAGAUGAUCUGCUGGUAUCUGGCGGCACGGUCCUACCACCCCAACGACCAGGCAGCCAAAAGGUUGUCACGCUGCAGUGCUGCCGUUUGAUCUCUGAUGUGUUGCUCAGGAGAGGCUGUGCAUAUCUCUCAAGCCGCCAAGUGGCUCAGAUUGCUGACCGCUGCUUUCACAGAGAUGGCACAUGUGCCGCCCUCCUGGAAGCCCUGUUGGUGGAGGGUGAGGAGGUGCCUUCAUGCGGCAUUUCGCGAGAGUACUGCGAGGAGCAUGGACGAGGAUAUGUGGACAUCAACACGUCCAUAUUGAUGGAGUUGGAGAAGCAGAUCUUUGAAUGUGAAGGCAGCCUGAACCUUUGGGAAACUGCUUUUGCGACCGCGGCCUCUCUGCAAACUCUGGAGAUCACGGACCCGUUUCCGGAGCGCAACAAGCUGCUAUGUCUCCGCUACGUCCGUGCCGGAGACGGGGAACGGCUUCAAAUCAGUCUGAAGGUUGGCAUGGACGGCCAAGUCACCGCGCAGCAGGUCCUCAUGGACUCAUCUUCUUACGAGUCGCUCGCGCUGAGCAAGAAGGAGUUUCAGCCUUGUUUCGCUGCGCGCAACGAUGAUGCCUGGUGCAAGGGCUCGGCUUCCGAGGCCCCUGAGCUGAUCUUGUCCAAGACGGCUUUCGAAGGAGGGACGGUUGACUUUACGUUCGCCAUAAAAGAGCAGCUGCGAGCACCGCUCGCCGGACUUGGCUGGGAAGUUUCGCGUUUCCGGAUUUCUGAAAACAUGCAGCGAUACUUUGACAGGCAGACGCUUUGGCUCUCGAUGUUCUCGUGGCGCAGACCUGAGCAGAGACGAUCAGCAGAGAUGCGGCGAUCGAGAAGACAGCACAUCUUCGGGCAGUCCUACAUCGCAAAGCUCUGCGAACAAAGGCCCGGGAACAGCAUUGCGGUCUACAGGGUCUACGGAGAAGCGUUGCCUAGUGCCAGCCACAGGUGGAAGAGCUUGCGGGCACGGGCAGAGGCACUUGAAACGGCCAUGGAUGGUGGAGGCCAUGGCGUGAAGGUGUUUUUGAACGACACGUUUCGAGACUUCCUGGCGAAAGUCCAAGAGGCUUGCUCCAAGCUCGGGAGAACCCUUUCAAGCCAGCGGGUGGUCCAGGUGCUGGAAUCGGCCAAGAGAUACAAGAGUGUUAGCAUAGGCCCGGAGCAUCAGGUCUUCGCGUUUAUGCCCCCGGUGAACCCCGACCCCAAGGAUGGUCUGGGAGCUCUGAUGGGUGCCCUGGCCGACCACGCCAGCUGGUUCCCGUUGGACAAGGACCUGACUUUUCUCGACUAUGUCACAGCUUUCUCCCGUUACAAAUCCAUGCCGCCGUUUCUCAGGGUGGUACGGGCGGAGGAGAUCAACUCCGACGGCAUAAACGAGCACAGCCGGCCGGUCACAGGCCCGUCUCGCUGGAGGCAGAGUUGGCGCUUGCACCAACACCAAGACCUCUCACAAGAGUGGAGGUGCCGAGUCCGUCUGCGCAGUCCAUUCUCUUGCAAGCUACUUGUAGGUAAGUGCUGA